UGGUCGCUGAACUUGAAUCUUUGCUGUGUUUUAUCGAUUGAUGCGCACAUCUCCUCUGACGGGCUUCACCGCCACAGCACUGUGACAAAGAUGCACCUAGAUAUGACUCUCCUGCAGAUUCUUGCUGUGCUCUUCCUGCCAGGAGCUUUGGGCCAGAGCAGCAGCAGUCUUGGUGUGGUGGUGGAGACCAAGAACAUCACACUCCCUGCAGGCUCUAAGGCCGUGCUGCCCUGCCACAGCCCCCGCAUGGUGUGGACCCGGGACAGACUGAAGGACCGCCAGAGGGUGGUGCACUGGGACGUGGUCCGUAACAGCCCAGAGUAUUCUGUGGAACGAGUGUUGGACAUGUCACCAGGAGCCCGUCAGAGGGUCUACAAUGGCUUCAACAAGGGACGCAUUUCCCUCCCAGAGUCUGCUUUCAGUGACGGCAACUUCUCCCUCAUCAUUAACAAUGUGGUGACAACUGACAAAGGAGUUUAUACUUGUAAUUUGCACCACCACUACUGUCAGAUUCACCAGUCCAUUCAAAUCCAGCUCAAUGUGACUAAGUCAGCUCGGAAAGAGAAACGCUACUGGGAUGGGGAGAAGACUGUGUUCGUGGUGUUGCUGGGCAGCUCAGUGGUCCUACCUUGUGUAAACCGGCGCUCCCUGUGGAGAGAGGGCCUCCAGGAGGACCAGCAGCAGGUGGCCCACUGGGACUUCCAGGCCCCCGGAGUUCGUCCUGACAGGGCCGACCGACUGGUGGACCUCUAUGCCUCUGGAGAGCGCCGGGAUUAUGGACCUCUCUUUGGCGAGAACAAGAUGAGCGUGGAAGAGGAUGCUUUUACGUUAGGGGACUUCUCACUAUCCAUCUCUGACUUGAAGCCUGUUGAUAAAGGCCUUUAUUCCUGCCACUUGCACCACCACUACUGUGGUUUGCAUGAGAGGCGCAUCUUCAGACUCACUGUGGGACCUCCAGUACCAUCUGCCCCAACCACAGCACCCAGAAUUCCCCCAAUAGAUGAGCCAGAACCAAGGACCGAUGAGGUGGACAGUCCACGUGUCGUGAAUGUCUUCCUCCCUGAACAUCGAGGUUAUUUUGUGCAGCAUUUGGGCUACUUUCUGGCAACGUUUUUACUUCUGGCGUUCAUUGUGGUCGCCGUCAUCGUGUUGACUCGACGACGCAAAAAGAGAGGGCUGGAGUAUGAGCUGGGAAGAACUGAUCGAGGAAUUGAGGCCAGUGGAGGUGAAAUAGCAUUAGAGUGCACAGAGCUGAAGACCUGUAACCAAGAUCCUUUGAAUUCAGAUUACAAAAACAACCUACUGAAAGAGAGAGAUAUGGCGAAAGACUGCAAUAAGGACUUUGAUGGGAAGAUGUGGAAGUGAGUGUGUUAUUUCUGAGAUGCUGCUGGCAGGUCCAGGGCAAAGACCGGAAGAGUAAAAGACCGUGGAGAGAAAGGGGGGGGGAAAGGAAACCCAGGAGAGGACAGGAGGAAUACUCCCUCUGCUGUAACUCUAGCACACUAAGCUUUUUUACUUCAUUUUUUAAAAAACAUUUUCUAUCUAUAUAUAUGUAUAACUUUCAUUUUCACUAGCAGUUAUACCAUUAUGGUUAACAUAUAGUUGAGCUUUACUUUUUGCAUUCAUUGGAUUGUUUAUGUUGAGUGCAAGGCAUUUUUAUCAUCCUUAUUAAAUGCAUGCUGUUUAUUAAGGUAUGGUUUCCGUGUAGUGUGCAUGAUUACAGAGCUGCAAGCUCACGGCUCUUUUUAAUUGUUACAAUUUGAUCUUAUUUGCACAAAUUCUGCUGUACUGUAAUUUGUAAAAGGUAUUUCACCAUGUUAUAAAGAUUCAUUUACUGUAUGUAGACAGUUUCAGAGGGUGUUUGGAGACACAUUUCUGCGUGUGCCACACAUUUCAAGCUCUAGAUACGAUAAAAAAAGGAUUGAUUUUGUACAAACUCAUCUGUGGUGACAAAGCGAUGAUUACUGUGUUAUUUUUGCUUAGAAAAACAACAUGUCAGAACUAAAUUUGUAUCCAGAUUGUACCCAUAAAGACAUAUACUGUACAAUGGCCUAGUGGAACACACAUGCUAAUUGAUCAUUUAUCAGUAAUGGACUAAAGGCUCAGUUUGCUGAAACUCAGGAAAAAAAAAUAUUUGAAUCAUGUUUUUUAGAGGGCAAUGCAGUACUUGUUUGCAUCAAGCAUGUACAAUGUACCCAGGUUUGUAAAACACUGAAUUUUCAUUAGUGAAUCUGCUGGUCAAUGAUCCAGGUACAUGUCUGUAAUAAACUGUGUGGUUAUGGUCCUAUGAGGUUUACUGCAGGAAGAGAAGUGUCUACUAUAUCAGUAAUGCUAAAUGUAGUCCAGACUAACUCCCACCUUCUUUUUCCAUCUGUCUCUUGCUACUCUCUCCAACACUCUAAUACUGGUCUCCUCUAAUAAAAGAUUGCCUCUAAUAAAGAUUUGCAGUGGCCACAGAC